CGCACACUGUCUGAGGACACCGCAGCAACAGAAAUGCGAACAUCUCCGAGCUUCACCCGGCGAUAGCUUCACCUCCCGACACUACUGACCUGCAUCUCUACACCAUGGGUUAGAGGGACCAUGGCUAACUUUCAAACACUUUACAUGUCACGGAAAAUGCCCUGCGUUGUCUGGGGAGCUGUGCUGCCGAGCGGCUGAAUUGAUAGCACAAUAACACCGAUACUUGUCAAGACAGAGAGGAGGAGGGGGACCCGAUUCCAGUCUUUUCUUUCCCAGUUCGGCUCCCAUUUCGGGGUUGUGAGAGAUGAUCACGGAGCUGGUGUGCACCGCCGUGGCUGUGGGUCUCUAUUUGAACACGCUGGACGCAGAUUUCUGCUACGAUGACAGCCGGGCCAUCAAGACCAACCAAGACCUCCUCCCUGAAACUCCGUGGACCAACAUCCUUUACGACGACUUCUGGGGCACCCUGCUUACUCACAGUGGCAGCCACAAGUCCUUCCGCCCGCUCUGCACCCUCUCCUUCCGCCUUAACUACACUCUGCAUGCCCUGCAUCCCUGGGGCUACCACCUGCUGAACAUCAUCCUUCACGCCUUCGUCACCGCCCUCUUCACAGCCUUCAGUCGCCCUCUACUGGGUGGAGGACUUUGGAGCCUUUUUGCAGGGCUUCUCUUCGCAUCACACCCAAUCCACACUGAGGCGGUCGCCGGUGUGGUUGGACGGGCGGAUGUCGGAGCUGCUCUGUUUUUCCUGCUGUCUCUUUUCUGCUAUACGAAACAUUGCAGACUUCGACGGGAAUCACGUGGGACUUUUCAGAGCAGAAAAUGUGGAAGCUGCCCGGCAACCAUCUGCUGGGGCUGGAUGCUGAGCAGUCUUUGGUGUGCAGCCGCCAGUAUGCUGUGGAAGGAACAAGGGGUGACGGUGCUGGCUGUGUCUGCUGUGUACGACCUCUUCGUGUUCCACAGGCUUCGGUUUCGCCAGGUGCUUCUCCUCCUGCUCGGAAAGAAAAAGAACACCAGUAUUCUGCUGAGUCUCGGCGUUCUGGUUUCCUGGGGAGUCCUUCUGCUCUCAGCCCGACUCUACUGGAUGGGAAACAAGCCCCCCAACUUCUCCAACUCUGACAACCCGGCUGCUGACUCGCCACAUUUCCUCACUAGGACGUUAACGUUCCUCCACCUGCCAGCCGCUAACGCCUGGCUCCUGCUCUGCCCGGACAAGCUCAGCUUCGACUGGUCCAUGGACGCGGUGCCCCUGGUGAGAUCUUUAGCCGACUGGAGGAACCUUCACACCGCUGCCUUUUAUGCUGGAUUUAUCGUCCUGGCUUUGUUCAGCCUCUGUAGCACCAACCUCAAAGCCAAGGAGACCAAUGGGAAGGCCUGUGUCGCCAAUGGAAAAUCAAUCACCAAUGGGAAUGGUUAUCACGCCCCUGAUACAAACCAUAACACAGACCAGGGGCCACCAAAGGCCACCAUGAACGGGUCAGCAGGACUCCACCACUGCCCCCAACAGAUGUCCUUACCCACUACAGAAAACCUUGUAUUAUUUUCUUUAGCUGUCAUGUCAUUUCCUUUUCUCCCCGCCAGCAACCUCUUCUUCUAUGUAGGUUUUGUAAUAGCAGAGAGGGUACUCUACAUUCCCAGUAUAGGCUUCUGUUUACUGGUCGCCGCUGGUGCAAGAUCCUUGUACAUCAGACUGAGGACUAGAGCCUCUAAGGUCUUACUGCUGAGUCUCUGUGCGGGACUAGUGAUGCUGAAUGGACUCCGAACUGUUCAAAGAAACAGAGACUGGAGCAAUGAGGAGAAUCUCUACAAGUCUGGGAUUAGUGUGAAUCCCGCCAAAGCCUGGGGAAACUUGGGAAACGUACUGAAGAACCAGGGGAAGACUGCAGAGGCGGAGACGGCGUACAGAAAUGCUCUGCACCACCGAGGGAACAUGGCUGACAUGCUGUAUAACCUUGGCUUGCUGCUGCAGGAGAAUGAGCGCUUUACUGAAGCUCUGCAUUAUUACAAACUGGCCAUUGGGAGUCGGCCCACAUUGGCAUCAGCCUAUUUAAACACAGGAAUUAUCCUGAUGAACCAAGGAAACCUGGAUGAAGCCAAACGCACGUUUCUAACCUGUGCUGACAUCCCCGAUGAAAACCUGAAGGACCCACACGCUCACAAGAGCUCUGUCACCAGCUGCCUGUACAACCUGGGGAAACUGCUCCACGAACAGGGCCAGCAGGAGGAGGCCUUGUCUAUUUAUAAGGAAGCAGUGCAGAAAAUGCCCAGACAGUUUGCACCACACAGCCUUUUCAACAUGAUGGGAGAGGCCUACAUGAGGCUGAACAGGCUGGAGGAAGCUGGUCACUGGUACAGAGAGUCCCUCAGGGCCAAACCAGACCACAUCCCUGCCCACCUUACGUACGCAAAACUCCUGUCUAUCAUUGGGCAGAAGACAGAAGCUGAGAAGUUUUAUCUGAGAGCGAUUCAGCUAGAUCCGAUAAAAGGAAACUGCUACAUGCACUAUGGUCAGUUCCUGCUGGAGCAGUCUCGUCUUGGCGAGGCGGCAGAGAUGGCGGAAAGAGCUGCGGAGCUGGACAGCUCGGAGUUUGAUGUGGUCUUCAGCGCCGCUCACAUGCUCAGACAGGCCAGUCUAAACGAAGCAGCAGAGCGUCAGUACGAGCGUGCAGCCAGCCUCAGACCAGAUUACCCUGCAGCUCUGAUGAACCUCGGUGCCAUCCUCCAUCUGAAUGGGAAACUUCCAGAAGCAGAGGCCAACUACCUGCGUGCCCUGCAGCUCAAACCUGAUGAUGUCAUCACCCAGUCCAACCUACGGAAGCUGUGGAACAUCAUGGAGAGACAAGGACUCCGGAUCAAGCAGGGGAUCCAGAACAGCGGCCUUUAAAACUGAGAGGGCUGCCUCCUUCUUUUUAUUAAUAAUGACACAUUGUCCUCAUGGGGAUGAAAUAGGACAGGAUAUGAAAGAGCUGGAGGAUAAAAGCUCUCUCUGCGAGACAGGAAUGACAUAUUUUGAACGUCAUGGCCUGUGAUGAUAAAGGCAGAGCGCUUGGCAUGGUUGGAAUUUGAGGGUGCAAGAGUUCAGUCCCUUAAAAUGUCACCACGAGUUGGUGUGGUGGGACAAAAAGACUAAGACUAGUGUCCCCUACAUUAUUAGGUUUUACAAGGCAAUGGCAGUUGUGAAAUAAUGCACUGAAAUUAAAGGAAAAGAACUGCAGUGUCCAGAAAAGCAAAUAUGAGACAAAAUUCUCAAAAUCUAUUAUUUAUUGUGUCUGAACUAAAAGUAAUGUAUGUUUUACAGCACUUAAUUUAAAUUUGGAUGUAGCAACAAUAUUAAUAGUUUCCUCUGAAUGGGUUUUGAAGUUGUCAGCACUGUUUAGUUAACGGCAUAGUUCCUCUUCCAUAAUGAACACUUCCACAAAGGUUUUAAAAUCAUUGUGUGAUAGGCUGUGUGAUUUUGAGCCCAUUUUAUAAAGAGCGUACUGAAAUGUCUGCUCACUCUGUGUGACUGAAUUGGUUACUACGAGAACGAGAUAAAUCGGGAAUGUUACACUAAGAAAAUCCAAAAGUUUCCUUUGAAAAGUCCUACAGACAGAGGUUGAAAGUUUGCCUUUCUGUAUUUCAUUUGUCUCAUAUGCACCAAGGUAAAUCAUAUUAGGUAUUCCCUCUCUGUAUCCUUUAGAACAUCACCAGAAAUAAGUAGGAUCAUUUCCAGAAAUUCCCAGGAAAAUCAUUGAAAUUUAUCUGCAAAAAUCCCCCAAAUUCCUGAAAGUUUUCUAAAAUUCCCUCUCAGUUUCUGAAAUGUCCUUUGUUCUGAAAAAUUUAAAAGAAAAACAUUCUAGUGAAAGUUUCAGCAAAUCCCAAGUUUCUCAAAAAUGUUAGAAAAUUCUUUGGAGAAAGCAAAAAUGCUAAGAAUUUCUUGGAAAAGUACCACAGAUUUCCCGGAAAAUAUACCAGAAUUUCCCAGGGGUUUUGAUUGCCCAGGGAAAAAUGAUCUAAAAUUUGGGAAAGUUUAGAGAGUUUUCCAAUAAAUAUUUGGCAAAUAUUUAAAAAAUGCUGAUAAAUUUGUCAAGAAAAAAAUAAAAUAAUAAUCCGGAAUAUUUACCUUGGAAAUAUUCCUCAAAUUUCGAGGAGAUAUCCCAAAAUCCCCUUUUAAGGUUUUGGAUUGUCUAUGUAUUUUUUUUCUGGAAACAUUUAAACAAAACUAUUUUGGGAAAUGCUCUGAAAAUUUCAAAGAAAAUUUCCAGAGUUUAACAUUACAUAGAAAAUUUACCAAAAAAACAAAACAAAACAAACAAACAAAAAAAACAUUCACCAGCAAGUAGAACUAUCAAGCUAAAUCAAAUUAAGAAUUACUCUGAAGUUUCUUCUAAAAAGUUCAUGGAAAUUUGUUGUAACAUUUCUAAAAAUUCAAAGAAAAAUUACUGAAAUUCCUUAGCAAGGUUCCCGAAAAUUCCUGGAAUUUUUUCUGAAAUUUCCCUGCAAGUUUCUUAAAUAUGCAUGGAAUAUUCCUUAAGUCCCUGGAAAAUACUCAGGGAAGUUUACAAAGUUUUCAAAUAACUCUUUGGGAGAGUUUCCAGAAAUUCACAUGAAAUUUUUUCCAAAAAAUCCUGACUAUCCCAGGGUAAGUUUCAGCAAUUGGGAAAAUUGCUUAAAAAUCGGAGAGGUUCUCCGAAUUCCCAGGGAAAUAUCUCAAAUUUCCCAGUAAGUUUUUGGAUUGUCUAGGAAAACUCAAACAUCUAAAUUCUCAAAAUUCGUUGGAAAUAUCCCAAUUACCACCCCAAAAUCUAGGCACUGAACCUUCAGUUAUCUGAAGUUGUUUCCUACUUUUAUUCUAUUGUGUGUGCAGUCAUACAACCUAGAUACCAAACAUGCCAAAUAUUCAUUAGACCAACCAGGGGCAGCUGAUGAAAACAUGUUAGGUUGUCAUGUUUUCCUUCUACACUGAACAACAAAUACAAAUACAAAUUCAGCCUCACUUCUCAACCAGAAUGACUCAAAACUGGCUCAAAAUCGCACAGUACGCACAAGGCCUUACAAGGUUAGAAAGUGCUUUAGGAUAAUAAAGUUUUUGUUGCUUCAAAAAGAAAAGUUGAAAUAAAUCUGAUGGAUAAGUGUUAACUGAGGCUUUGAACCAAAAGUUAGACAACCGUAAGAAAGUGGAGAAACCAGAAGUUUAACCUUUCAAAGCAGAUGGAUUGGCUGUCAUGUCUGUCAUUAGGCAGAUCCAUUAAGCAUAGCUUAAGUCUGAAACGACUGGACCUGAUCAGUCAGCGCCAUCUGAAGAGAACAAGGCAGUAGCUACAGGCCGGCUUUAGUUGUACUGCAAGCAGGUAAACAAUGGCUGCUGUUGUAAAGGUGAGCUUGAAUGUGGCUAUAGUAGGAACACAUUUCUUUAUUAAAGAAAGAACAAAGAACCACUCUGAAUGCUUUCCUUUUUGCCCCAGUAAUAGUUGAAAACCUUAACGUCUACUGUGGGGCUGCACAUGCCCACUACGUCAUAUGCCGCUCUGAUUGGCCCCAAAUGAAUGAGACAGACACAGUAUACCAUACCUCUGUAACGGUUUCUUGUCUGUUUCCAGCUAAAAACUAAAGGCUAUAGAACUGCUACUAGCAUGGCUCAUAGAGUUUUUUUGCUGACUCCCAUUUAGUUUGAUGUCAGAAUUGGAUAUAAUAAUCUAAAGCAAAUUUUAAGACUGCAAUUUAGGAAUUAUUUAAAAAAUGGGGGUGUGGCACAAAAAAUAUGCUACAGUUUUAGGCUCAAGUAGCUACAUUAGCUUCUAAUGGUAUUUCUAACCUUAGCAUGUUGCUGUGUUCCUUCUUGUCCAUAUCCUUUGAGAGAUGGAAAUGGGACUGAUAUCAAACUCAAGCUGACCAUGUUCGUCCACAACAUAUUGUAAAAAGAAAAUUCAGCAGGAGGUCUUGAGUUUUUCCUUGCUAAAUUAGCUGUUAGCAACAACAGUGGAAAUAUACUCAAGGUGUAUUUCAUGCACACUAAUAUGAAGGAACAUAUCCACUGAUAGAUGUUGAACAGAACGGUGUAUGUGACACAUAUACGACUAGUUAAAAUGCAGUUUAGCUAAUUCACAGCAUAGACUGUUGAUGUGCAGAGCGGCCAUCUUGGAUUAAUGAGCUUCUUUUACUUUCUAAGUUUAAAAUUUGACUUCAGUAUCAUUCCAAUAGAAAUGUAUCUUUCUUUAAUACUCAAAUUAAACUUAGGAAUCUGUUUAAAGAUUUGCAUUAUGGGUAAUGUAGUCAGGUAUUUAAAAGAAGAUUAAUGUGCACACAAAAAUGUGUGGCUCUGGAGUAUUGAUUUUAGUCAUUUUGAUGAUGAUUGAAAAUAACUGCUCUGCUGAAUUAACAAAUUCGUACCUAGUUAAGUGUCAUCUGGGUGCUCGCACCUUUAUUGAGAGGGGUCUGGCUGUAGACUUGGAGACCACAGCUGUUGGACGCCACCUCUGUCAGAAUGGAAGUGACAUAAUUUGCAGACACGUGUUUCUGGUUGUAGAGUUUUGUUCUUUUUGUUUUUUUCUUUAUUUAUUUUUAGCUUUAUUCAUAGGCAAAGUAUGGUAGUUCAAUUCAUGAAAUAUCCACAUUUCAAACAUUACAGACUGAGCACAUUUAGCUAAAGCUUAUGUAGCUACACUAGCUAUGUAGUUAACACAACUAUGUAAGUCAAUGUAGCUAUUUAGCUUUGUUAGCUACCUAGAUACAUUAUCUGUGUGGAUUAUGUAGCUAACCUGGCUUCAGUAGCUUCAGCUAUAUUAUCUACACAGAUGCAUUAUUGACAUUGCUCAUGUAGCUUUAUUAGCUUUAGAUUUAGCCAUAUUAGCUACAUCACCAACAAGCGUACAUAGCUAAUUUAGCUUCAUUAGUUUAAUAUUUAGCUACAUUAGCUACGUUAGCUUUGUUACCAAAGUCACUUUCAUAGCUAACAUAGCUUUAUUAGCUUUAGC